UUUUAAAACUGCGUCAUUCUGCCUCUCACGCUCAGAGCUCUCAGGUCAUCUACCACAGCUCCCAUUUAAAAAAAAAAAGAAAAAGAAGAAGCUGUAGUAGUGUCGGCGGUCCCUAACAUAGCACGUUUAAGCUGUGGUUGUGAGGGACAAAUCAGAUUAAUGCGAAGGUAAACUGGAUUCUGACGUAAAGGCUUUAAACCCCGGCAGAGCGGCGUCGCGUGCCGCUCGAGCUCGCGCGCGGGGUGACAAACGGUCGACGGAGAGAAGAGCGCCUCGCGCAGCUUGGUCGCGAACAAUUCCCGACUCCCUGUUUUUAGGGUUCUGAGCAUGACUCCUCGGUCAAGUGUGUGCCGCUGAACUGACCGUCGCACCACCGGGAACAUGGCUUCUUUUCUGCAGAUCGCCGACGACGAGAAGGGGCACGAUCUCGAUCUCUUCUGCGUCCCCAGACAUUAUGAGAACGAUUUGGAAAAAGUAAUAAUCCCUCAUGGACUCAUCAUGGACAGGACCGAGCGCCUGGCCCGCGACAUAAUCCGAGACAUGGGGGGACACCACAUCGUGGCUCUGUGUGUACUAAAAGGGGGCUACAAGUUCUUUGCUGACCUCCUGGACUACAUCAAAGCACUGAACCAGAACAGUGAUAAAUCAGUCCCGCUGACAGUGGAUUUCAUUAGAGUGAAGAGCUACUGUAAUGACAAAUCAACAAACGAUGUCAAAGUCAUAGGAGGGGAUGAGCUGUCAAACCUCUCAGGCAAGAAUGUUUUGAUCGUUGAGGAUAUCGUCGAGACAGGAAGGACGAUGCAGACUCUUCUUUCCCUGCUGAGUGAAUGUAAUCCUAAAAUGGUCAAAGUUGUGAGCCUUCUAGUCAAAAGGACCCCGCGGAGCUCAGGGUACAGACCGGACUACAUUGGUUUUGAGGUACCAGACGCCUUUCUGGUGGGCUAUGCGUUGGACUACAACGAGUACUUCCGCGAUCUCAGCCACAUCUGUAUAUUGAACGAUCAGGCCAAGGAGAAGUACAAAGUGUGAGAGUUCAAAUGGGCACAGAAGUGAUGUCUGAGUCACUGAAGACAAGGACCACUGUGAGGAGCCUCCUUAGCUUUGCUGUGUUUUGAAUCGUAUUUAUUUUUCUACUUAAGAAUCCACAAGAAGUGACUUGCGGGUUGUAAUGAACUUUCAAGAAGAACAUUUCUUUCCCUACCUGAAUUAGUGGAAUGGAUCAUUUUUAUUUAAGGAUAUUUUGUUGGAAAAUUUUAAUUAUUUAAGCCAAUUUGUGUGUAUAGACUUUAGCUAUGAAUUUAUGUUUUCUUUUUAGGAUAUGGAGAAGAAGAAUGUCUUGCUUUUUUUCACUGGCUUAUUAAUCACACGUCUCAGGCUACUGUAUAUACUGAGUGAGCUGUUAGCAAAUGCUUUAGUUUAAGUUCCAGUUGAUGGUUUGUCCCCUCACUAUGUGGUACUAGUUAAGUGCAAUGUACUAUAUGCUUUGUUUAUUAUUUGAUGUUUUCAUGAAGAACCUGUUUACAGCAAUACAUAUCCAGUUGAAACCUUGAAUUCUGUCUUCAGUUGCACUUUCUCAGUUCUACUUAAAAAAAAAAAAACUAUGAAAAGGGUGUCACUGGGAUGAGACAGAACAUUAGCAUGGAUAACCUGUGCAAGGCUCAGCAUGCAGAGCCCUUAGGUCCCACUUAUUCUUAUUUUCGUCAAGCAUAUGCAUCACAUACAGAUGAGGCGACAUUUAACAAGUUAUAACGACUAUGCUUUCGAUAUGCCUGUAUCCUGCGUGAUAUCAUCUGACCAGUUAAUUUUAGCCUAUUCCUGUAUUUAAUUAUUUACAGAUCAGUAGUUUUCAUUGUGGGAUUGACAGGCAAACCCCCAAAUCAAAUGUUGAGAACUUCAUUUUAUGAAUGUAUGAUCUUUUUAGUCUAUUUCAAAGUCUUGUUUUUUUUUUUUUUUUUUUUUUUUUUUAUUAUUUCUGUGUAAAUUUUUGUCAUUUUAAAUCUAUGUGAAAAUGUCUAUUUUUUUGUCUUUGUGUGAACAUGCUGUUGUGUCUCCAAAUGCCAUGUAUUGUCUUUUCAUGGUCAUUCUGUGUUCCCUUUUGGUGAUUUACUUUAUUUUGCCCCUACAUUUUAUGUGAUGUUGCUCUUCUUGGUUGUUUAAUGUUUCAUUUCAGUCAAUUGCUCUCCGUUUGUGUUUGCUUGCAUUUGAUUUGCACCAUUUUGCAUCCUCAUUACCGUCUUUAUAACCCUGGCCAUGUUGAACCACUUCAUUUACAUCUCUUUUGCACCUCAUUAUGUUCGGGUUGCGUUUGGCUCCUGGGCCUAUGCCUUCGUAUUUGCUGUUUAAGGGCUGCUGGCAAACCAGCUUGAAGGUGCAUUCACCACUACCUUCUCGACCCCUUUCUGGAACAGCAGUAUACCCCUCAGAUGGCCUCUUUUGCCCAAGAUCACUUUAAAACUGCAAACCUUGCUUUGGAUUGUAAUACAUAUCUUGGAAGUCUUUUAUUUUCCUUAUAAGUUUUACAUUUAAUUAACACAUACAUGAUAGGUUCUGGUUGAUUGUCGUGUGCACAUAUGGAUACCGGCCUCUAUUUGAUUGCCAUUAAAACGUAUAAGAGCACG